CUGAUGUUGUCGCAGAUAGCGAAACUUUAGAAUGGCUCUCCAGAGAGGAAAGUCCGUUAGUUUGUAACUCGGAGGGAGAAGUCUGACCGUCCAUGUCUUCCCCACGGUUUUCUACAAACUGACACGGUUUUCGGCUGCGAUGUCGAGAGAAAACACCACUCGAAGUUUGGACAGCAUCGACCUCGCGGCUCUCAGAGAUCCAGCAGGGAUCUUUGAGCUGGUUGAAGUGGUUGGCAAUGGAACCUACGGUCAAGUUUAUAAGGGUCGUCAUGUCAAGACCGGUCAGCUGGCAGCUAUUAAAGUCAUGGAGGUUACAGAGGAAGAAGAGGAGGAAAUCAAGCUUGAAAUCAAUAUGUUAAAAAGUUAUUCUCACCAUAGAAACAUCGCUACUUAUUACGGAGCCUUCGUUAAAAAAAGUCCUGCAGGACAGGAUCACCAACUCUGGUUAGUGAUGGAGUACUGUGGAGCUGGAUCUGUGACAGACCUGGUGAAGAAGACUAAGGGAAACUGUUUUAAGGAAGACUGGAUCGCUUACAUCUGCAGAGAGGUGCUCAGGGGCCUUUCCCAUCUCCACUCCCAUCAUGUGAUCCACAGAGACAUUAAGGGACAAAAUGUUUUGCUGACAGAGAAUGCUGAAGUCAAACUGGUUGACUUUGGAGUUUCAGCUCAGUUGGAUAAAACAAUUGGGCGGCGGAACACUUUCAUUGGCACUCCCUAUUGGAUGGCUCCAGAGGUCAUCGCCUGUGACGAGAACCCUGAAGCCACAUAUGACUACAGGAGUGACCUUUGGUCUUUAGGCAUCACUGCCUUGGAGAUGGCUGAAGGAGCUCCUCCGCUCUGCGACAUGCAUCCGAUGAGAGCGCUGUUCUUGAUUCCUCGAAACCCUCCACCCAAACUUAAAUCAAAGAAAUGGUCGAAGCGUUUCUUGUCAUUCGUUGACAGCUGCCUGGUUAAAAACCAUCUGCACAGACCCGCCACAGACGCCCUGCUGAGACACGCCUUCAUCAAAGACCUGCCGAAUGAGAGGCAGGUCCGCAUCAUGCUCAAGGAUCACCUGGACAGGACCAGGAAGAAGCGAGAGAAAGAGGGUCUAGAGUACGAGUACAGCGGCAGUGAGGAUGAAGAUGACGAGGUCACAGAGGAGGAAGGUGAACCAAGCUCCAUAGUUAACGUUCCUGGUGAGUGGACGUUGAGACGGGAGUUCCUUCGUCUGCAGACGGAUGAGAGGAGUAAAGAGGGAGGUCACAGAGGAGGUCAGCAGAGACAGCAGCAGCACAGGCAGCAGCUGGCUGAGCAGGAGCGAUACAAGCAGCAGUUUCUGGCUGAGAGACAGAGGAGGAUCCAGCAACAACAGGAGCAGCGGCAGAAGUUGGAGGAUCAGCAGCGACUGCAGCUGACGGAUGGUGCAUUUCAGUGGGCUGAGCUUCAGGAGGUCUUUGUGGGGGAGGAGUCUGAUCUCCACGACAGCAGGAUCCCUCUGGAUGAGAAGAACAGGAGGUGUGACAGAAGACAGGACCAGACUGGCAGACAGAGGAGCGCCGACGGUUCUGUGAGGCCUCUGGACUCCACAGCCGGCCAGAGAGCUGUAGCGCCCAGCCAGCUGCUUCAGCUUAAGGCCCAGCAUUUCCAGCCGCAAGCUAAGCUUCAGCCGCCGCCUCAGCACCAGCAGCCCUCAGCGGGCCGGAGAUCCCACCGCACGCUGCCCAAAGACCAAACCCAGCUCCUGUCACUGCAGCACGAUCACAGGCACAGAGACAAGGAGAGGCAGAAGCCCAGAGAACCUUACAUGGCAGCUGUCCAGAAGCUAACGGCUAACAGUGGGAACAAAGCUGCUGCUGCUGCUGCUGCACCCUCACCCAGCAGACCUGCAAACAGCCAGCGCCCAGCGAUGGAGCUCAAAGAGUCCAGCGUAGCCAGCAUGCUGUUGGCGGUUAAUCUGCCCAACCAGGUGCACUCCAGGCUGGGCUCUGGAAGCAGCUCCAGUCCCUGUACCCCAGCCAUGCAGAGAGCUCACUUCAACCAGACUGCCAAUCUUCGCUCCAGUCGGGAGUCUUCUCACAGCAGCUCCAUGUCUGAUAUGGUCAUCUCUCCUUUGUCCCCGUUUACCCCGAUGUCCCCAACGGACAGCGUCUUCUGGGACUCUGCUGAGGCCCCACCUAAAGUUCCAGAAAGAACCACCUCCAAGUUUUACUGUAAAGAACUGGUGAUGGCCCACAAGAGAACGGCUUCAAGUGGCAGUCCGGUGUCUGCAGCAGAUAAGAGCCGGAGGUCCACAUCUCAAGGAGGUCCGCCUCUCAGCAGCAAACACCAAGGCCUGCUCAAAGUGGAAAGUCCUCUGCUGCAGCACCGUCCACAGAGGAAGGCCGAAAACGCAGCCAGCAGACUUGCGGGGAUCAAACCUGUUUCGGGUCGCCUCAAGGCCACAGAAUACUCCUCUUCCAGUGAUGAAGUUGGCAGCAGUGACGAUGAAGAACGGAUCAGGUCGGGUCUUUCUAACGGAAAAGGGAAAUACUUCAGAGGAAUACCUGACGGCAUCGACCUACAACUCCACCGCAAUCUCAACCAGGUUUCUCGACUGGGUUCGGAUGACACCUACCUGCUGCCGGACCUCUUGCAGAAAACUUCUUCCUCCAGUCCCACGCAUGACGCCCUGAGCCAGCAGAGAACGCAUGAAUUCAGCUACCCCAUGUCUCCCACUGCCCCUGGAUCUCCCAUAUUCCAAGAUCUGCACGAUGUGAGCAGUCCAUCUGGAAAAAGCACAUCUUCCUCUUCCUCCUUCCUGUCCUUCAUCGACCCCCGAUUGAUCCCCACAUCAUCUCCUCCUCACAGUCCGACUGCUCUUAAGACUGAGCCGAUCAGGAGAGAAAACCACAGGAAAGGCUCUGUGGUGAACGUGAACCCCACCAACAUUCGCCCGCAAAGCGACACCCCAGAGAUCCGCAAAUACAAGAAGAAAUUCAAUGCUGAGGUUCUCUGCGCUGGAUUGUGGGGAGUAAAUCUCCUGGUGGGGACUGAAAACGGGCUGUGGCUGCUGGAUCGAAGCGGUCAGGGGAAGGUCUACUCUCUCAUCAGCAGACGGAGGUUUCAGCAGAUGGACGUGCUCGAAGGCCUCAAUGUCCUGAUUACCAUAUCAGGGAAAAAGAACAAACUGCGUCUGUACUAUCUGUCCUGGCUGAGGAACAAGAUCCUCCACAAUGACCCGGAGGUGGAGAAGAGGCAGGGCUGGACCUCGGUCGGGGACUUGGAGGGCUGUGUGCACUAUAAAGUCGUGCGUUACGAGAAGAUCAAGUUCCUGGUGGUUGCUCUGAAGAAUGCAGUGGAAGUGUACGCCUGGGCACCAAAGCCCUACCACAAAUUCAUGGCCUUCAAGUCCUUCAGGUCGCUGCCUCAAAGGCCGCUGUCCGUCGACCUGACCGUGGAGGAGGGACAAAGGCUCAAGGUCAUCUACGGCUCUUCGUCGGGUUUCCACGCCAUCGACGUCGACUCAGGAACGCCGUAUGAUCUCUACCUGCCGACUCAUAUCCAGGGUUUGAUUCAUCCUCAUGCCAUCAUCAUUCUGCCGAACAAAGCUGGAACUGAGGUUCUGGUCUGCUACGAAGACGAGGGCGUCUACAUCGACACGUACGGCCGCAUCACCAAGGAUACGGUGCUGCAGUGGGGAGAGAUGCCCGCCUCUGUUGCCUACCUUCAGUCCAAUCAGGUGAUGGGAUGGGGCGAGAAGGCCAUCGAGCUGAGAUCGGCCAACACCGGGAACCUGGAGGGUGUCUUCAUGCACAAGAAAGCCCAGAAGCUCAAGUUCUUGUGUGAGAGGAACGAUAAGGUGUUCUUUGCCUCCGUGCAGUCGGGGGGCAGCAGUCAGAUUUACUUCAUGACGCUCGGACAGAACUCGCUCUUCAGCUGGUAACAUCUGGAGCGCUGACUCUGGGAUGGACUGCUUUGGUCUGUCCUUUUUUUAUUUAGCUUGGACUCGCCUGACGUUGCCUUCUUGGACUCUCGCUGAUCUUCCCAAACGCUGGACAUCACUGAAGGAUCAAACUGUCCAUUUCCUAUCAGGAUUUCAUGUCGUACAUGAGUUGGGCAUCCCUCCGUCUUUGAUUAUCACGCCUUUUUCAAGCUUUUUUUAUGUUUGAAGUGUUUUUAGAAGGGGAAAUCAUCAGUUCUACGCUCCAUCCAGACGUUUUAAGGUACAGGAAGUAAUGUGGGUUAACAGGAAGUCUGUAGAGGUCUGCUGCUGCCAUGAUGGCUUUAGGAGAAAAGUCUGUUAAAUCACAUGUUCAAUUCUUUUUUUUUCAUCUCCCAAUUCCAUAGGUCUAGAUUUGAAUUACUGAAUGAUAUACUUUAGCGUUUACAUCCUUUAGCUGCUCCUUUAUUUCAUGGUUUUUAUUUUAGACCAAUAAAAACUCUGCGCUGCCGCCUGUAGGUAAAGAUCUAGAAGCAGAUUCUUCUGAAGAGUGAACCUUAAUGAAAGAUCAAUGUCGGCUUCCACAUCCAUCCAUCCAUGUCAGGCCGGCGUGGGCGUCUGGAGCCAAUUCCAGCCGUCGCAUCGUCCGCUCUGCAGUCCAUCACAGAUAUUCAUCAGGAGACAGUUAUCAUCUUGUUUGUGUCUAUAAGACAAACAGCUUCAUCAUGAUGUUAUGGUGAUCCCAAAUAAUCUCAUUUCAGGCUGGUGAGGGUUUUUUUUGGCUCUUGUGGACAGUAAAUCUUCAUCAUCCGUCCCUGCUUUGCAUAAAAAUCCAGUCUGUGCUGCAUUGUCUUAAAUUUAUUAUUAAUCUCGGAUUUUAGGACCAAAAUUUGUUUUAACUUUGUUCUAGAAGUCCAGAAUAGGCUCAACAGAAAGGUCUAAGGGAGGCACCGCUCCACAGAAACCAUAUUUUCCAUCAGUUUUGUACAGUUUCAAAUGUAUAUAUUUGUCUAAGAUGCACUGGUCUGCUUUUAUUUUGAAAGGACAAGCCAUUUUUUAUGGAUCUGUACAGAAUGUAAAUGUGAAAUAAUUCCAGAACAGAGUUCAUAUGUGAGUGUGAAUGUUGGUGAAUGACAGGAAGUCUUCACGAUGACAUGUGACUCCUGCCUGAGAUCCGUUUGUAGAAUCAAAGAUUUUGCACAAAUGCUUUCAUGUACGUUUUUAUGUUUUUAUUUUCAACUUCAAUUCUGAAACUUUUAAAGCCAUUCUGAUGUCAGGAUUGAAGAGCUCAUUUGGCGUGUUUGGUCAGGAUUUACAAAAAAAAUAGUAAAAAAAAUCCAAUUGAAUCAUUUUUAAUGUUUUUAGAAUUUUCUCUUAACCAAAGAUGACUUUUUUAUAGUGAAUUAAGUACAAAAAAAUAAAUAAAUUGACUGCAGAAUUAACUUUAUCCAAGAGUAAACAUACAUUUAUUUUAAUAUAUUACAGGUCAAACAAAAAUUAAUCAGUCAAAUUAACAAUUAGAUGCCAAUCUUAAUGAUGUGUUUGUUUAUUUGUUUAUUUUUUUCUGUCAUUACUACUGCUUCGUCUGCUUUGCAUGAUCUUCUGUUCUUCUGUUCACAUCAGAGUUUUUGUGGAGAUUUGAACCAAAUGUUUUAUUUUCACUGUUUUUUACUGACUUGUGAGACAUUUUGCAGCUGGCUCUGUUACAGUUUUCUAAAGUAGAAAAAGAAUUACUUAUUGCUACAUUGUUAGCCAGCGGUUUUUUGUUGUUGUUUUUGUUUACUGGUGUGGGAUGAAUCGCAUUUAUCCUUAAAGAUCACAAAACAUAAAUUUACUGAGUUAUUGGUGAACAGAAAUUCAACAGAACCUUAGCUAAUGUUCAAAGCUCACACGCUAGUUUGCAGAAUCUGAUGGGUUAAGGAGAAUUCUGGGUUAUCAGCUUUUGAAAGUACGAUGCUAAAAUGUUUUUUUCAUAUGACUCAUAAACUGAAAGAUUUAUUAAUCCUCCCCUAAAAAUGUUGCUAGAAUUUAGUUCAAAUUUCACUACAAUGUUUUAUGUAAAAAAAAAACAAUAAAUGCAUAUAACACUUAAUUACAAAUGUGUCAAUUCAGAAUGUUAGCUGGAAAAACUGCUGACUCAGCAACCAAAAAAAUGUUAAGCUGAAGCUAAAAAAAUUGCACUUUUUUCAUUUUGGAUAAAAUGAAUUAAUCUUUAUAUAUAAUCAACUUUAGCAUUAACUAAGCAGCUCUUUCUGAGCUUCUUUGACUGAAAGAAAAAAAAAAAAAGAAUAACUUAAGCGCUCUAUAAUAACUAUAGCUACGUUCGCAUUCCCUCCCUAACCCCUAAAAGUGUAGGACUAUUUAGUGUCCUGGAUAUUUACACAAUUCAAAGGCACACUCGCUACUUUCCUUUUUUAUUUUUUUUAUUUCAAUACGGCAAAAUAGGACCCAUUUUCUGAAGUGAAAACCUAAUUAAUUUGAACAUUUUCUGAAGAUUAUUAAUUAAUCUGAUUAUAUAAACUUGUUUCAUUUAUAAGAAAUUCAUUUAAACACUUUUUUUUUUCAAAUGACAAAUUGUUUAAAUGCAAUGCAUGGUUGCAAAUGCACAUCGUGUUUUUUGCCGAAACAUAGAAGAACACAAUACAGCCACAUUUGCAAAAGAAUAUUUUUUCCCUUAAUAUUUUGUCAGCUUUAGUUUAUUGAAGUCAACCUAAAUUGAACAUUUUUAAUUAUGAUUUAACCAAAUAAAAGUAGCAAAUGUUUAUGUUGAGAGUUGUGAGUUUUCCGUCUGUUUACUUGGCCGGGUUCCUGAGCAAGAACCUGACCAGCACCGAGUCCAGACUGGACGAGAUCCAGAACCUAAUUUAAACCUUUGUCUCUUAUUUUAUUCAAUUUAAAUAAACAAAUGGCAGUAUUAACUGUACUAAACUUUUCAACUAAUUGUUCACUUUGAGGACUAGUUUUUAAUAAAAAUAUAAAGUUUUUUUUCCUUUUUUUGUUAGAAACUUCAUCUUUUUAUUUAUUUUUUUGAUAAUUAAACAGAAUUAUAAUGUUAUUGAUGCAAAAACUUCAAUCAGAAGAAUUUCUUUCCUUAUUAAUUGAUUAAAUUGCUGAUGGAUUCAUGAUUCUUGCUAAUAAACAGAUCUUUAGUAAGCAGUAUUAGUUGCAUUAAGCAGAAUCUAUUUGCUGUUCGUUUUUCCCAGAUCAGCUCUUAUUUCCACCUAAAACAACCGUUUUUAUCUCUUUUUGGUUUGAAACAAACUUCUUCUGAUCUAGUCUGCCUGUUACCAAACAUUUCCCCACAGCGAUGCUGCUAAUGAGAGAAGGAUGAUGCUUUUCCUCCCACACCUCCGUCUGCUUCCCAUCAUGACGGAUUCAUCUUAUUUCCUUUGUGCUCAUCGUUCCUUAUCGUGUGUCAUUAAAUUGUCGAAGUUUGUUGGUAGAAAAAUGCUUCAAAAAAGUGGAAAGUUCUGUGAUUGUGAAAGAUGGAAGUUCAGAGUCUGAUGGAAGUGAAGAGAGUUGGAGUCGAAGAAGGAGCAGGAAUGUGAAUCUAUGGAAACGUAAGAAGACAUCAGUGCGGUUGUUUGUAGUUGAAACAAUCCCAUGAAUAAUCUAGAAUAUUUAAUCCUUCAUUUUUAGGCUGUUUGUUACAUUUCCUUUAAAGCAGAGGUUCUGACCAGUUCCAUGUUUGUUACGGUGAUUUAUUUUAACUCUGCUAAACUUAAGUUCCAAAACGAAAAAAAAGUACAAUGUUUGAUGGAAUACAUGAAAUGUAAAUGAUAUUAUUUAUUUUUUCACUUGUAACCUUUAUAGUGAUUCUUCUUUUGCACUGAAUCUUUUGUCAGAUUUAUGAUGUUCUUUACCCCUAUGGAGAAGCGCUCAGUUUGACUUCUUGUGCAGAAGAAAGGAAGACAAUAAAUCUGUUGAAUCAAA